AUGCAAUCUUCAACAGAAGGCGGACCCGUCCCAGACCGUACCCGUGAGCAUCCCUCAACAAAAAGUAGUAGCAUCACGACCACUGCUCCUCCUCACUUUUCCGAUUCAAACACCCCUCAGCGACCGAUUCCCACUGCGGAUGCAGUGUCUGAACAAUCCUGGAAACCCAAGUUUGACCGUCGUCAAAGCUGGAACCACGAGGAUCAGAAGCAUGAGUUGCAGGAGCGUUUGCUGAAUAUGGAACAAGGUCGGGAGACUGGGUUUUCGGAGACGGGAACGGAUCCAUAA